UGUUACAUGUUUCUGUGGCAGUCAUUGUGUAGCUACCAAUCUGAGAGAAAGUGUAAAUUAUCUGGCAUUGUUGUACAGCAUUCUACCAUGUUAUCGCUCUUGGUUUUCGGGUUCGUGUGUGCAAUACCAUCAAGCUGCUUGUCUCGUUUUCCUGAUGGAAAAACACAGAAUACCACAUUUAGGAGUGAAACAGUGGUAACAAAGACAGAUGUUCUCAGGAUAUUGUUGAACCAGGAAACUUUGAUGAGAAUGACACUAGUAAAGGAUGUCCAUAGCCUCAUGAAAGAUAUCAUCGACAUGAAAGUAAACUUAGCAACCAGCAAAAACCAACUCCAUGAUGCGAUGGAAGAAAUAUCCAUCCUGAAGAGUGAGAUGAACAACACUAUAACCUCCAUUAAAGCGGAUGUUGAGAAAUCCCAGAAGUCUCAGUUGAACCUGUCGGCUGCUGUAUCUUCUUUGUCUUUGCUGAACAACUAUGCUUUGAAAACAAAGAUAGGAUUCACGGCCGGUAUAACAACUUUGUCUUCCACCUGGAGAGGAAGUACUUUGGUGUUUCCCCACGUCGUCACUAAUAAUGGAAACGGGUACAAUUCGAGCACUGGGAAAUUCACCGCCCCGACGGACGGAACAUACGUCUUUUUUGUAACUGUUACUCCACAUGGACUUCGUGCCUUAUAUUUAGAUAUUGUACAAAAUGGCGUGAGUAAAGUCAGAUCAAUGUCGCAUGGCUCUACUGCGUAUCAGAUGGGAUCGAAUAUGGCAGUACUUCAAUUAGACAAAGGGGAUUCUGUCUGGGUCAGGCGGUUGGCUGGACAAAGUUAUUACUCUUAUAGUGUCCCUGUAACUACCUUUUCAGGAUUUCUUCUGUGAUGAAAACGGAAGGUGACUAUAAGAUAUCAACUGCAAUUAUUUCCGUUUGGUUAUAAAGAGUUAGAUCAAUAAUUUACCACAUGAUUUAAUUGAUUACCAUAUACUCUUGCAUAUAAAUAUUAAAAGCAUGAACAAAAAAAAAUUCUUGUUUUAAUCAUAUAUCAUUUCAUAAACAAAUUGAUAAUUCUUUUGAUAUAUAAAACAGCCGUGCAUAAAAUACUUAUGCUAUAAAGUUAGAACGAACGAGAACAGAGGUCGUUGCAAAGAAAUGAAUAGGCUUUCCAUCGCUGCAACGAGUAGAAAAUGUAAGAUGAUCACGGGUUGAUGUUAUGACUAGAUGGAUGAUGUUAAGUUAAAGUAUAGACACAUGGUCCGCCCAAGUUCUUUAUUCAAAAGAAUCCGCAUUUGAUAAACGUAAAUUCAUUUAUUCAGUCAAUUUGAUUAUUUUAUUGUUCAGUCGAUUAACUUUAAUUUGACCGAGGAUGAAUGAUUACGAUCAAGAUUAUACAAAGAUAAUUAUGUUAACAUGCAAGUUACAAAUUAUUUUAGAUGAUCUGCUUUAUAUAUGGGUAAAAUGACUAACUAAUGCCGGACUCUGACAUCAUAGAUACAAGAUGCAACAUAAUUAUGACAACAUGCGACUUAUAUAUGUUGACAUGCGAUAUAAUAUGUAGGCAUGCAACUUUAUGUCAAAAUGUGAGUAACUUAUGUUAUCAUGCAAGAUAGUUAUGUUGACAUGGUUGACGAAUUUCAACACAAAACAUCAUUAAUUACGGACAAAUCAAGCUAGUUAAAAUGAAAGGACACGCUUUUUUUUCAA